ACGUCAGGACAGUGAAAGACUCCAGCCUAUCCUCUCUGAACAAUCAAAGGCAAUGGUCCUUACGGAGUCGCGGUUUACGAGGGAGACUUUUUCACUGCAAAAGCCAGGGAAUUAAACACUCACUGUUGGAAUGAACCAGAGCCCAGUCAGUAGUCGCUAUGGAUUAAAACGGAAACAGUUGUGAUGGCUGUAAAUGUGAAAAAGUAGUCAGAACAUCUACAGAGCAGCAAGACCGUCAGCAAGCAGCUAGAUGCACGAUCCUUGCUAGUAUGAGCGAGCCGAACGGUCACAAACCUGGCUGCAGUCACAAUUCCUCAAUAUUUUAACUCAACCAGCCUCGUGAAACCUUGAACGACUUUUGCUACUUUCAAUUCCGAACAGUCCAAAGUCGGCUACAUUUUUGAUUCUGACAGAAUUAUGGCGGGGAAGCUGACAGCAGGCUCGGGAAUACUGCUCGUGACAGCCAACGUUGGAUCGCUCUUUGAAGAUCUCGAUAACCUACAGAAGACAUGGCUGCGGGAAUUCUACCAGACUGUCCAAUCACACAAGCCCCACUUCAUCGCAGUGCACUGUCAGGAGGUGGGCGGGAAGAACUACGAAGCGUCCAUGGCACACGUAGAUUGUUUUGUCAAAGAGCUGCUGUCCAGUGAUGCCAUGAAGGAGUACAGCAGAGCCCGUGUCUACCUCGACGAGAACUACAAAUCCCAGGAACAUUUCACAGCACUAGGAAGUUGCUACUUUCUUCACGAGUCCUUGAAAAACAUCCACCAGUUUGAUUUCAAAGCCAAGAAAUUCAAGAAGGUGGUUGGGAAAGAGAUCUACUCAGACACUCUAGAGAGCACAUCCAUGUUGGAGAAGGAGAAGUUUCCUCAGGACUACUUCCCUGAGUGCAAGUGGUCCAGAAAAGGCUUCAUCAGGACGAGAUGGGCUCUGGCUGACUGUGCCUUUGACCUGGUCAACAUCCACCUGUUCCACGAUGCCUCCAACAUACUGGCCCGGGAGAAGAGCCCCUCUGUCUACUCCGGGAUGAGACAGAAGGCCCUUGGCUUUGUUUUAGACAGGAUCACUGACCAGCGGUUUGAGAAGGUGCCAUAUUUUGUCUUUGGGGACUUCAACUUCAGGUUGGAUACAAGGCAGGUUAUCGAGAGUCUGUGUUCCACUGCCACCAUGCAGACGGUCAGAGUAGGUGACACCAAUGAAGUCGAGAAGCUAAUAUUCAGAGAAUCAGAGAACGAUCGCAAGGUUGUACUUCAACUUGAAAAGAAGCUUUUUAAUUAUAUCAACCAGGACGUUUUCCGGGAAAACAAUGGGGCCCUGUUUUUACAGUUUGACAGUGAGCUGUCCUGUUUCAAGGAACGGCUGCACGAGCUGGAGAUCUCCUUUCCUCCCAGAUCGUCAGGAACAGUCGGAGUUGGAGGGGAAUGUGGAGCCAUUAUCCUGGCGGCACUUGUGGAAGGGGGUUAUCCGUACAGUGAAGACAGCAGUCAGGGAAAGCAGUACAUGGACACCAGAUGCCCUGCCUGGUGUGACCGUGUCCUCAUGUCUGCUACAGCUAAAGACCUGGUCUUAAAGCCUGAAAAUGAGGAGAAAUACUUGGUCUACGACAAUAUAGGGCCCAAUGUCUGCAUGGGGGACCACAAGCCUGUCUACCUGUCGUUUCGAUUAACAGCCGGGGCAGGUAAACCUAAUGCAAAUAAGCACAAGUGUUGUAACGUGCAGUGAUGUCGUGGGAAGUGGUGCCAAAGGGUGGAGAAGAUCUCUGCCUGAAGGGCCUCUGUGAUAAGAACCAAGAGUUGGACACCAACACACACACAAACACACACACGGAAGACCCUAUACAGACUGUUCAGCAGUGCUGACCAGUUGCAGUCGUUCUAACACUUCAUCCAUACAAGCUGUUGUUUUUCCACACAACACAUCAGUAUCUGGACUUCCCACCCGAGAGACGUUUGAGAUAAGACACACCUCACUGACCUUACCAUUGCUACGCGCACCCCAUUCCCCCGGAAGAAGGAAAAAAACUAUUUUACAGCCUUGUUGCCAAAACUCUAGUAGAAAUCAGUCUUAACUACGUUAUUUUAGAUACCAUACUUGCAAUUGUAGGUAUGUCUCUAUGUAUAGAAGCUACUUCCAUACAGUAUGUAAGAUGUUUUUAAAAAGUGCAAUGCAAAAAAAAAAAUAGUAUAUCUAUAUUGUUAGGUUUAUUUGUACAUUGGACAGUUUCACAUGGAGUUGUUGAUGGUUUUAGUGCCAUUGUCACUCUUCUGACCAAACUUUGUGGUCCCACUAUUUAGAAUAGAAACAUAUUUUCGGGUUCAUUUCAAUUACUUUUUAUUUCAUUUUUAUUUUGUCGUUGCUGACUUGUGUGCCUAACACACUGCCAUGCCUCACGCAUCAGCUGAAUCUCAUUUUAUAUACUGUACUUUUUAAAGAGAGAAUUUAUCAUUCUUAACAAAAUUGUUAUGAAGUAUAUGGAGACAAUAUGGCUCCUUUGAAUCUAUCAUUACAAGUGAGAAAAAAACAAACACUUUUUAGCCAACAUGAUUCAUACUUUAUAGUGUAUCCAAUUAUGUUUUAAGCAGUGCCAUAGACCAUGCAAGUAUAUAAGAUUGUUUCAUAUAUAGCACUCACAUUAUUAUUAUUCUAACUUAUUUCUAUGUAAUGAUAUUAUGGUUCUGAAUGUGAUGUUUUUAGAUAGGCUUUGGUAUUCUUUAAAAAAUGUCAAGGUCUUUUUUUUCUUCUUUUUUUUACUGCAUUAUGGUGCCAAGUAUACACAAAAUGAAGUGUGAAAAGUCAACAUAAAAUACACCAGUCCAACUGAUAGAUAAAGGCCUUGAUUUAACAUUGUAAAAAAAAAAACUUUAAAAAAAACGCUAAAGGCAGGAAAGACUUGAGAGAAUUGCUUUUUAAUUUUGUAUGUAGCCUUCAACAGCCUUCAUUGCUAUGUUGCAAAUAAUUUCCUCUCAUCGCUCGUUAGAGCAUUAAACUGCAAUUAGGGGAGGCUGUUGUUGAAAAGCGAACGUUUCCUGUUAUUGAUUUAAUUUACUACACUACAGAGCUCAGACUGUGUGAAGCCGUUAGAUUGCUCCUUGAGUUUUCCGUCUAAAUCACCGCAAGUUGAAAUGAUUUUGUGCCUGCUGCAGACUUCAUGUUGUCUUGACAGUGUGAUUUGGUUCGUGGGCAAAACUGCUUGUGUUUCCCGCUGGUCACGUGUUAAGAGAAGCGGCAGUUUGUUCACUCCUUUCAGCAGAUAGAGAUUAUAUUCUACCCAAUGGACGGCAUGGCCUCUAGUGUUGAUUAUGCGGUUCUCAAGCAAUAAAACCAUUAGAACUAAA